AUGGCUGAAAAUUCGAUCAUAAACGUUAUGAUGACUAUUUUGUCCGUAUUAGUAGUAACUGCUAACGUAACAGUAUGCCUCCUGGUCGUCGCUAACAAAUCUCUGCGAACAUACACGAAUGGAUUCCUCGUUUCUCUGGCAGUAUCCGAUAUUCUACUCGGCGCUGUGCAGUUCCCAGUGCUUCUAACGAUUCCGGAAUCAAUCGCCAGUGGCUAUAUCAUCUCUGUGAUCCUGUUGUCAGGAGUUACCAGCCAUUGCUGCAUCACCUUUGACAGACUCAUUGCAAUUCGCCAUCCGUUCUUGUAUUCAUAUUUAAUUCAAAAAUACUUUACGAAGAUGCUGCUGAGUGCCUGGGUUGUGGCAGUUGUUUUUUCGUUGAUACCACUCUGCUGGAAAACUGAUUCCCGUCUUACGAUCCACAAAGUUUACCUCUUUGUGGGAAUCGUAGCUUUCAUCUUUGUUCCUUAUCUGCUGAUGUUUGUGGCGUACUGCCUGAUUUUUGCGAUUCUCCGCGAUCAUUUUAAGAUGGUCCAAGAGAUGACAGUAUCAAUAAGUAGGAAGGAACAAGCAAGGAGGCUCUCAUCCGAAGCAAAGAUUGCCAAAGUUUGCCUCACACUGAUCGCUACUUUUGUUCUUUGUUGGCUGCCGAUCAUCUACAUGACAUCCGCAAUGGUGCUUAGCAAACCCGAGACCGUUCCUGUUCUUUUGCCCACUAUUGCUAAAUUUACACUGGGUCUGUCGUCCUUGAUAAACCCUGCAUUGUACACUUUCAAGAAAGAGGACUUCAGAACUGCUGUGAAGAAGGUUUUCAGGCGAAAUUUGAAUGCACAGAUCGAUCCGACUAGUCUACAGAAUCCCAUAGAUAUCACACAGGAAGGGAAUAAUGCGUAUGACACGCCGGGUCUCCAGCUGAGAAACCCUACCACUGGUGUCCAAGUAUCGCAAUUUCUAACAUAG